AAUCCUUGGAUUAAAAAGAUGGCGACGCUCUAUGUGUUAACAGGACGGAUGUAUGAUGAAAUUGAUGGCGUUUUAUUACGCGAAGACGUACCAGAAGAUUUUAAAAAUGAGCUGAGGGGAUAUGCAAAGCUAAGAAAGAAGGAAAAUCCUGAAGAAGAACCGAGUAUACCGUUUUCAACGCUUCGAAAACUGCAUAGUUAUUUAGGAACAGAUGGAAAACCAGGGAUGUACCUUCACCAACUGAUGCAAGGCACUGAAGUGUUUUUUCCUCCAUUACCAAAGCUCGAGAGAAAUCCUGAGUUGGUAGCUCGACUGGAAAGAUUGAGAGCAGAGCAAGCAAACAGAGAGUACCAAGAGAUGACUAAAAAUGUCAGCAAUAACAUUGCUGGACGUAGUCCAUUAGGACAAGUAGGAAAAGAACUGAAGAGUGUCCAGACGCAGCUGAUGGGCGUCUUCAACGUUUUCCUGACCAUUGCUGGAGCAUUUGUGUUUGGUUUCAUGGCUAUGUACUAUGCAGGCCAAUCAGUCACAGCGCGUGUUUUGUGCGGGCUGGCGUUCGCACUGAUUGUAGCAGCAGCCGACCUGUAUUUCCUCAUCAAGAACGAUCUAUGACCAGGGCCAUGUCAGAGGGCACCACUGUCUCCUGCCAACUGUACCUUCCAUUGGCUCCGCACCUGAAGUGAUUUCCCUAGCCUUACGUAGAUCUACAAAAUUUACUUCACUGUGCUUCAGUACGGUGGCUCGUGUUCUGUCGUACAUGAUGCUUGAAGUUUUCCACUCUAUUGUUUACCUCUGGAACUGUUGUUGGUACCAUUGCAGUGCCCUCAUACAACUUCCUUGAUCAUUGUUGAUGGGUGUCAACACCCUCCUGGUCAUAUGCAUGCACCCACUGAAUCAGCUCGAGUGCCCUCAAGAUUAAGCAGCCAAGUUGGAAGUGAAACGUCCCUGUUCUAUUCUUUUUAUAUUCUUGAAGAGUAUUUAUAGGUCGGAGUUGAAAUCUUUGUUGUUAAAUCUAAAAUGGUUACUAGUGGAAAUUUGCAGUUGACAAUGACAUAUUUAUAGGACUAGAUUGGUUAAAUGUCAAUGUCGACGCAGAACUGUGGGAAUGGAGCAGAAUUCUUGCCACAAAUGCAGUUUUGGAAUAUUUAAUCCUAUUAAAGUACUGCGAUUCUUUUUAUUGGCUAUCCUUCGUGCAGUCAUUAUUUCCAGUUUAAAUGCAGGGAUCCGUUUCAGAAGUGCAUCAAACUGUGCUCCUCCAAAUGUAAACGUUAUCCCGAACAUUUCCUGGUGGUUUCUAAAUUUUACCCCCCAAAAAUUUACAGUUCAUCUAAUUGCAUAUUUUUGGCAUAAGAUCAUGAAUCAAAUGGAUUGUAUGUUGAGAAGUAGUGCAGGGGCCAGUUUCCAUUGCUGUGUUACGAAAGGGAGUUAUUUUUGUCUGACAUAGAAGUCUGCAUUUGAACGUGGGUCAAAAAUAGUUGUAACUUUGGAAGAGCAAAUUUGCACAGAGAUGACAAAAUAAAGAUGGAAAUAUUUUUGAUAGUGUA